CAGGGUAACAACAGCGAGUGGGAAUUUCCGAAGACACGCUCACGUGACUUUCUGACUAUAAAAUACAGGAAGGCCAACUUUGUUGAAAACGUCCACUCGCUAUUGGGACCGCGAACAUCCUGCUCUUCAUACACGGUCGAAAGAUUCUGCUCGAGACGAUGUUCGGGAGACUGCUGGUGGCAGCGGCGCUGCUCGGGGCGACUGCAGCGGCCCUGAUCGACGUCGACCCGGAGCUGGACACGCACUGGCACAUGUGGAUGGCCAAACACAGCAAGGCCUACAAGCACCAGGCAGAGGAGUACGGGCGGCGGCGGAUCUGGGAGAAGAACCUGCGGAUGAUCACCCUGCACAACCUGGAGAUGUCCCUGGGCCUGCACAGCUACGACCUGGCCAUGAACCACCUGGGAGACCUGACGGCUGAAGAAGUAAUGCAGACCCUGACUGGGGUUCAGGUUCCCUCGGACCUGGAGAGGGGCCCCUCCACCUUCGUAGGGGCCUUCGGGGCCUCCCUGCCUGACUCCGUCGACUGGAGGGACAAGGGCUAUGUCACCAAUGUGAAGAUGCAGGGGUCGUGCGGGUCCUGUUGGGCCUUCAGCGCGGCGGGGGCUCUGGAGGGCCAGCUGAUGAAGACCCAUGGGAAGCUGGAGUCCCUCAGCCCCCAGAACCUGGUGGACUGCUCCUCGAAGUACGGCAACAAGGGCUGCAACGGCGGGUACAUGCACCAAGCCUUCCGGUACGUCAUCGACAACGGCGGCAUCGACUCGGACAGCGCCUACCCCUACGACGGCACGCAGGGGAAUUGCAGGUACAACCCGGCGACCCGCGCGGCCAACUGCUCCAGCUACACUUUCGUGCACGAGGAUGACGAGGGGGCCCUCCAGGCCGCCGUGGCCAGCGUGGGACCCGUUUCGGUGGCCAUCGACGCCACCAGGCCCACCUUCGCCUUCUACCGCAGCGGUGUGUACGACGACUCCGGCUGCGGCCCGACCGUGAACCACGGCGUCCUGGCGGUGGGCUACGGCACUUUGGACGGGAAGGACUUCUGGCUGGUGAAGAACAGCUGGGGUGUGCAAUUUGGUGACCAAGGCUACAUCCGAAUGGCACGGAACAAAGGGAACCAAUGCGGAAUCGCCACAUACGCCUGCUAUCCGGUCAUGUGAUUUCCCGGCCAGGAUGAGCUUCCAGACUCAAUUAAUUUUGUUUAACUACAGUGGAAAUCUUACUUCAUCAUCGCACUUUCUCUAUCGUGUCAUUUUCAGUGUUUUUAGUUUUAAUGCAAUUCACUUGUGUAGUAACUUUUGAAAUCAAUGUUUUAAUUGUUUAAAAGGAAACCUGCUGUAUUUUAAAAAAAAACGAUGUAAUAAAAUGUGUUUUAAAA